CGAUAGUUUGGCAUAGUCAGCUGAUAACAAAAUGCAAUUAAACGUUUCCUGUGAUAUUUCAAGAAAUCGAUUGUAAUUCUCGUGCGUGACCGUGAAAUUUCUUGAGAAUCAUCGACUCGCGAUCUGUUUGCCUUCUACUUCAAUUUUUCGAAGAAAUUUAGGGGGAUUCACAAGACUUUUUAUACACAUUUAGCUGAAGCAAAUCUACCAAAAACAAAAUGUCUCUAAGUGCAGAUAUAUCUACAGCUCUUCAUUUAUUGGAGCAUGUUCAAGAAAGGUUGGAGGAUUGCAAUGACCCCAAACUACAAAUGCAUACGACUCAAGAUAUAAAAUCCUUAAUUUCUCUUUUGGAAGAUCCGGUAUUCCGCAGCAUAGUGACAAUUCAAGACUCAUUAAUCGAAUUAAACACUCAACUGGGGCAGCAUCCAUCUAUUAUUCCUGGCGAUUUUGAUAUUAACAUUAGUGGACAACUGGAACUUUCUGUUCCUAGUACGCCAGUGCAACCGCUUGGAUCAAAUGUAUAUCAAGAUCUAUAUCAGGAUAGCAGUGAACUAGAAGAUCAAAGGGUUCCAGUUGCUCCAUUGGUGCAUAGCAGCAGCGAAGAUACUAGUGCGCAGGUCACAAGCCCAAGUCUUGCGUCAGAGGUUAUGGGAAUGCCUCCAAUAACAACAACAACAUACGCUAAGGAGUUCAAGAAGGUUAUUGAAGCUGCAGCAAGAGGUCGUCAAGUAUUUACUGUGCAGUUGUAUAAACCAGAGGGAACCAGUCUGGGAUUCAGUGUGGUUGGUCUUCGCAGUAAGGAUAAAGGAGAGCUGGGUAUUUUCUUGCAGGAGAUACAACCCAAUGGCAUAGCUGGCUGUGAUGGCCGACUGGUAGAGGGAGAUCAGAUAUUGGCGAUAGAUGGACAACCACUAGACUCGAACAUCUCUCAUGAACAGGCAAUCUCGAUUCUUCAGAAGGCACGUGGUCUGGUUGAGUUGGUCGUAGCAAGAAGCACCCAAGACGUUGGGAGCUCUUUGCUGACGGAUGAGUUGUCCGGAGCCUCGAGUUCGACAGCGGCCGCGGGAGCAGGUGUGUCCAUCAUCGGCGGCGUUGUCAGCGGGACAACGAACCAGGUCAGCUCGGACAAGGAUCAAUCGGUGUCCACGUCGUCCGUCGUUACACCAGCGCCGACCCCCAAGUCCAGCCAGCCGGCGAGCACCGCCUCGGCGGCAACGCCGACAUCGACACCGCCGACCUCAACCCCGGUACCUGGAGGCCUCGUUGUCGAAAGGAGCCCCUCCGCCGUCAGCGACGCCUCCAAGAGUGGCUCUGACAUGGUGCUGAACACGGAAUGGGCACAAGUUGAAGUUAUAAAUCUGAUCAAUGAUGGCAGCGGUCUUGGAUUCGGAAUCGUCGGUGGACGAAGCACCGGUGUUGUCGUUAAAACGAUCCUUCCUGGAGGUGUCGCCGAUCGGGAUAAUCGGCUGCAGAGCGGGGACCAUAUAUUGCAAAUCGGCGAUGUCAAUCUGCGGGGAAUGGGAAGUGAACAGGUUGCGGCAGUUCUGCGACAAUCCGGCACACACGUGCGCCUCGUUGUCGCGAGACCUGUCGAACCAACGUCACCGGAUUACCAGGCACUCGGCAGCCACGCUCCGAUCGUACCAACGAAGAUUCUGGGUGACCCGGACGAGUUGGACCGCCACCUGGUGCACAGCGUGCCGGAGACAUACAACAUACGCCACGUGCAGCCCGACAACGCGUACGACAACGGCUACAUAUUCUCUCAGGAAUCCGACGUCGAGAUGCAUGCAAGACCAGGUCUCAUCGUGGACGUAGUACGCAACCCAUUGCCAAUUGGAGCGAUGCCAGUGAUACCACCGGUUCCGGUGCAGAUCCCGGAACUUCCGGUCCUCACCAUGGACACCAUCGAUGUUAACUCACUGCCAGAAAUGGAACGGUUCACCGUUGAGCUUAAGAAGGACAUUUACGGCCUCGGGAUCACCAUCGCUGGAUACGUUUGCGAGAAAGAGGAGCUGUCUGGCAUCUUCGUGAAGAGCAUCAGCGAGGGCAGUGCGGCAGACUUGAGCAACAAGAUCCAAAUAAACGAUAGAAUAGUAGAGGUGGACGGCCAUUCUUUACAGGGUUAUUCAAAUCAUGAGGCCGUUGAGGUGCUACGGCGCACUGGACAAACGGUAGUUCUAUGUCUGGAGAGAUAUCUACGUGGACCAAAGUACGACCAGCUUCAGCAAGCAAUCGCAGCCAGUGAACUGAGACUACCUCAACCGAGCUCUCCAUCAAUCACCAGUUUGCCAAGCUUCCCGAUUAGCGCGGAUGGAGAAACUACUACUGAGAUAGAACCGGAAGGAGAAUCGCACACGACUGUUGACAGCGCAGUUCUACAAGAGGGUGAACGCGAAAGAUCCUCCGAGGAAUUAGAUGACGCGGCAAAUGUGGAAGCUCUGUUGAGCGACCCAUCCAGCGAGCUUACACCUCAAAUUCGAGCCGCCAUUAAGGCGAAAUGGCAGAAGAUCGUAGGCCCAGACACGGAAAUUGUGGUAGCGCAAUUGAAGAAAUUUGCGGAAGGUAGUGGCCUUGGUAUAAGCUUGGAGGGAACGGUGGAUGUGGAGAAUGGACAGGAAGUUAGACCGCAUCAUUACAUAAGAUCGAUUCUCCCGGAAGGACCCGUAGGACAAAACGGAACGCUGCGUUCAGGGGAUGAAUUGCUGGAGGUGAACGGAUAUCGAUUGCUCGGCAUUAAUCAUAUGGAAGUAGUUAGCGUGUUAAAAGAAUUACCCAUACACGUUCGCAUGGUCUGUGGAAGAAACAUCGCUUCGCAGGAUCCUCUUUGCCCUAUCGACACUGCUCAACAUCAAGCUGCGUUCCAAACCAGAAGCAUCCUUGGCGGAUCUCUGCAGAAUUUAUUGCCAACAAUGGACCGUUUGGUGAAGGCCAAGUCUGACGGCUCGUUAGCGUCGACGACGACCACGGCUACGGUGACCGAUGCAAGCUUGAAUAAAAUGAAGUCGCGAUCUUUGGAACCGUUGACUGGUCUGGCGAUGUGGAGCUCCGAACCGCAGAUCAUCGAACUGGUAAAGGGAGAACGGGGCCUUGGGUUCUCCAUUUUGGAUUAUCAGGAUCCAAUGAACCCCAAUGAGACUGUGAUAGUAAUAAGAUCACUGGUGCCCGGUGGCGUAGCUCAAGUAGAUGGUCAGUUAAUACCAGGCGAUCGUCUUCUUUUCGUCAAUGAUAUCGCCCUAGAGAAUGCAACGCUGGACCAGGCGGUGCAGGCGCUGAAAGGCGCCCCUAAGGGCACUGUGCGCAUCGGUGUGGCGAAACCAUUGCCCAUCCCAGACAGUAUUGUCCAGAGGGUGCCACCGAUUUGCCCCGUAAGACGCAGCAAAAGCUUCCCCAACGAAAGCGAAACGACAAAUCACGCAGCCGAGCUCGAGGACUUCCUCUCCUCCAGAUCAGGAGUAACAGAACUGUCGAUGGACAAACCGGAAUCCGAAGAAGAAGAAGAUCACUGGAAGGACGCAUCGCCCAUCACACCUACCUGCAGUCCAACGAAACAUCCUCCAAAACCUGGCCAACUAGACAAACCUCUAAAAACCAUCGAAGUCGACGUCCACGAUUUCAAACCAACGAGUCCGUUAGACGAAAAAGACGUGAUCAUCAUCGACAGCAGCGCCACACCACUCAGCAAAAAGUUAGCCAUAAAGUACAAUCAGGAAAUAACGACCGGCGUGGAGAAGGCAACACCGAAAGUAAAGUUAAAACGAGAGUCAGUGAUAGAAUUGGAAGAACCGUGUCAAAAAGUGCCUGAAAGCGCAGCUCAACCAUCGACCUCCACAGAAAGACGCGCAGACGCUGAAAGAAGAAGGACCUUGAGACGAAUGGACUCGCAAGAACGACUGUCCACAUCCAAAGACACAUUAAGCAAAACAAACGUAGCUGAAAGAGGCGCGAAGAAGAAAGUUUUCAAGAGGAAAGAACAAGAUCGAAGAUCUUCCAGAAGAAAAAUAGACGAAGUGGAGGAACCUGUUUCGGAAGUUUCUAGAACCGAAAUAGAUGAGCCCAGAAGGCGAAAAGACAUGGAAGGAGCGGUGAUCAGAUCAAGAGAAGAAAGGAAAAGUCUCAGAGAGCAAGAAUGUAUAGAACGAGUGACAGAAUUUUUAACGAAGCACAGUGUGCUCACUUACUCGGAGGUGAUCCCGGUCAGCGAACCUGAGACCGACGUCCAGACACCUGGUGAUUACAGAGAACAACGAAUCACGCGUCCAUCCAGUAUUAUAGAGGCCCAGGAAGCUCAACCUGAAACCUCGAAAGACGGGAUAUUAAUAAGAACGAAGAGUAUAAGAAGACCCGAAGAGCAAGUAAAGACUCCAUCCUCUAUCGAGUCGGAGAAACAGGUCUCCGCGUCGACUAAAGUGACACCUGAGAAACCAGCAGCAGGUGUCGAAGAGAUUAAACCACCCGUGACGAGUCCUGAGACAGAGAUACCAGCCACUAAACGUCGAAGUUCAAUGAGAAAGAAACCCAGAGCGUUUUCCAGGGAAUCUUCCAGGGAAUCUCUGCUGGACGACACGAAGAAAGAGGUUAGGAUACAGGAAAACGUCGAAGAGAUAUUCUUCGAGGAUACCAGUGAACAGAUAGAUGGAAUUCUUCCGGAGGUUCAGUUGGUGAAGGCUAGAAUAAUCACUGCUGAGGAAGCAGCCGCGAACAGAGUGGACGAAGCGAUGAAAAUUGAAAUACAUUCGCCGCCGGAAGUGGCUGUGGUCUCUGACUCGGUGAGAGUGAGGACGGGAAGGGUUCCAUCGCCGGAAACUGUGAACAUGUCGCAUCUACAGCUGAUCAGUUUGGCCAAGUCCACGUCUGAGAACGCUUUGGCCGAGAGCAGCGAGGAGAAUAAAAUUUCUGAGAAGAACAUCAAGACGGAAAUUUUGUUGGACCUGUCGAAAGUGUCUGAAGUUGGGGACGAAGAGGAAAUGGUGGAUGGAGAGAAUAAGGACAGAAGAUUGAACAGGACAAGGAGCGAAGGUUCGAAAAGGCCGGGAUUCAAAGUGACGAAGAUGAAAGAACGUGAUGGAUUUAUGAUUGGUACAUUGGCACAACCGGAUCAACCCGAACUGACGAUUUUGUUGGAGAAUGCAGCUAUCGAGAGGAGAAGGAACGUGGAUGACGAUCGAGAUAGUUUGGUGGAUUUUGGCGUGGAAAAGAUAAUUAGGAGGUCGGUAGAGUCAGAAUCCGAGGACGACUCGAGGCUAACAGCGGACCAGGAAGUCGAGCUUCCUCCAACGAAGCUUCUCGAAGGUGAGAAUCAGGAGGACCUCGCGAAUCUCCAGUACGAGGACCAAGCGGACCGACGAGAAUUCGACUGGAAACCAGAAACCAGAGAUUAUGACAGAACACUCUGGCAGCAGAGACGUCCGCUGCUGGAGGAAACGGUCUCCUUCAGGCCGGAAGACGACAGCAGCCUAAUCAGCAAGGAACAUUCCCUGGAAUACCAGAGUCAAACUCUAGAAAGCCAGUCCGAGCAUCUAUUACUCUCUGCGUCUUUGGAGAGCCUUCUGAGAUCAGCGCCAGACAGCUGGCCGAGUCAGCAGUUCGACAGAAGCGUCGAGGAAUCGGAGCAUAACUUCAAGGAGACCCAGUACUCGCUCAAAGAGAAACGCGACGCCGAGACUCAAACAGAACAGGAGACAAAGAGCACCCAGUGCAGUCCGGAACAGAGUAUCGUCAGUCCUUCGGAAGUAUCCAAGGAGAUCCCUUUCCAUUUGACUAGAAAAUACUAUCAGAGUCCUAGAAGAGAAGUUCAGACCCAGACCCAAGGGGAGAGCAAAAGUGUUCAGUGUUGUUUGGACGAAUUAGGCAGCCUGUACAGAGUAUUAGACUCCUUCGAUAGUCCCUCUAGAUCUGAGAAGAGCUACGUAAAAGAGUCUAAGAGUAUUCAGUGUAUUCCUGAGGACAUUCCAUCGAGUCUUGAUAAGUCGACAGAGAGCCUAACUCUGCUGUACGACCAGGGUAAGUCUUUGAGGAGUCCACGAAAGGAAGUCGAGGUUCAGACCUAUCAGGAAUCGAAGGCGAUCCAGUGUAGCGAUGACGAGCUUUUAGAGGUGGUCAGUGAAUCACCAGAUAAUAAGGAAGGCGUGAAGAAAACAGAGAGUUCUGGAUCGUCCAGCUGCGGCUCACCCUGCAAGCUUCGGAUUCCUACUCUGGUGUUCGUUGAGGAACGAGUGGAUAUGACGGUCACGCAUCGAGAUCACGAGGGGAACGUGAGCUGGUCGAAGCAUUGGGGACCCGAAAGGCUCGUGGAGAUCUACCGGGAGCCAAAAACUAGUCUGGGAUUGAGCAUCGUUGGUGGAAAGGUUGAUCUGCACAAUGGCAGCUCUAGUAAGUCACAGAACAUAUCCGGGAUAUUCAUAAAGAAUGUCUUGCCGAACAGUCCGGCCGGAAGAACUGGCGAGUUGAAGAUCGGAGAUCGAAUAAUCGAGGUCGAUGGCGUGGACCUACGACAUAGCACUCAUGAACGAGCAGUGGAGGUCAUCCAAGCCGCCGGAAAUCCUGUCUGCCUUCUCGUCCAGUCUCUGGUGCACCUGAACAACGAGCACGACGAGGAAGCAGAGGGAAGAAAACAGAACGCGAGGAGUCGAUUGCCCGGAACACCCACGGCAUCCUUUCGUCAAAAGGCUUCGCCAGUCUCGCCAGUCAGGUCCAGCACGCCGGAAGUGACACAGGCAGGAUUCGAAGACGGAGAGAAGCAAAGUAGCUCAAGAUCAGAUUUUAGGCGACAAAGUACAAGAGCUUCAGAUGGCGCGGGAUCCAGCUCGCGAAGAUCCUCCAUGAAAAAGUCUAUUCGCAAGAAGGCGCCAUCACCGCCUUCCAAUCCAGGAAUAUUGCGAGAGGUGAGCGAAGAGAAAGAGGAUAAUGCAUCGAAACCGGAAGAGCCUCCGAGACGGAAGUAUUCGUCCGACGAGAGCUCUGAAGAGGACAUACGUGAGCUGGAGGGUAACGUUUACACGAAAGGUGGCAUGGAGAUUUCGAGAAAAAGUGCCGGAAACGUAAAACGUACCAAAGCAGAAAUCGAAGCGGAUCCAGAGACUGAAGAUGAAUUCGGUUACACAAAUAUGAAAGUUCAGAAAAAGUAUCAUUCACUGGGGUAUAAGGUGAUGCUAGUAAAGAUAGAGAAAGACAGACGUGGUUUGGGUAUCUCCUUGGCGGGACACAGAGAUCGAAAUCGGAUGGCAGUGUUCGUUUGUGGCCUUAAUCCAAAGGGAGCAGCUCACAAGACUGGAGAGAUUUUGGUUGGCGACGAAAUACUCGAGGUAAAUGGCCGAGUUCUACAAGGACGAUGUCACUUGAAUGCGUCUGCCAUGAUUAAAGGAAUGGCUGGCACGUAUUUCAAAAUCGUCGUUUUCAGAUGCUUCUCCGACAUGUUCGGCCAAUACAAAGGAGUUCGUAACAUACCAGUGAAGAAGGGCCAGUACGGACUAGGUAUAAUGAUCAUCGAGGGAAAGCACGCGGAAGUUGGACAAGGUAUAUUCAUCUCAGACAUUCAAGAAGGCAGUGCUGCAGAGCAGGCUGGUUUGCAAGUGGGUGACAUGAUCCUCGCUGUCAACAUGGACUGUUUGCUGGGCUCUACCUACGACGAGGCCACGAAUCUUUUGAAAAAAGCAGAGGGCGUUGUAACGCUUACAGUAUGCAAUCCUAAUCAAAGCAAAGUCGCGAAAGAAGAAGAAGAUAAAGCGAAGGGCAUUAUUCCUGAACCUGAACCGCCAAAGGAGCCGGAGAAACCACCAGAACCAGAAGCACCGCAAGAUCCAAAAGAUUGCAAAAUCGUGGCUGGUAGAGAUACGACGAUAGAAUUCCAGAAAGACAAGGACAAAGGCAUUGGCUUCAUUAUAGCUGGUGGUUCCGACACGCCAUUGAAAGGAGUGUUCAUCGUCGAAGUAUUUCCAGACGGAGCAGCCCAUAAGGAUGGACGGCUGCAAGCUGGAGAUCAGAUACUCGAAAUGUGUAGUCAGAGCUUCAAGGAGAUGGAACAUGAUAACGCUCAUGCUGCCGUAUUGAAAGCUUCGGGAACUAUCAUAAUGGUGGUGCAUCGACACGAGAAAGGCGAAGAGGAAAUCGACGUUGAAUUGCAGAAGAAGUCGGGCAAAGGAGCUGGUCUCUGUUUAACAGGAUACAAGAGUGGAAAAGGAGCAUAUGUAUCAGACUUGUUACCUGGUGGUAGCGCUUUGGAAAGCGGGAAGAUUUGCAAAGGCGAUCGAGUGGUGGCAGUCGGUGGCCAAGACGUCCGCGAAGCUCCAGUAGAAGAUAUCGCGGUUCACGUGAAAGUUUCCAACCCGGUGCAAUUGAAACUGGCUAGGUUCAAAUCCGCUAAGCAAUGACAGGGUUCUGCAGGCGGAACUCAGAAAGCAAGAAUUCGGGCGGCAAUCCCCACCAGACACCAUGGAUUCUAGUGUGAUAUAACUGACUAUACCAAAGUAACUAUAAAUACCGUUUACCGUAUAAGUAACGCUAAUUCUAGAAGAACAAGUGAAACCAAAGGAAACGCGAUCUAUAAAUUCAGUUACGUAUGUACGUUGUAACUGUAUACACGAUUCGAAUAUUUCGGAUCUUGUCUAGUUAAAUGAUAAUCCAAGCCCAGACGCUUCGAGCGUCUUACACGCGAUUUUAUAGAACACGCUCUGUCUCGAUUACCAAAUAUCGAUGCGUUUGUGCGAUUAUUAUCGACGAUUCGAAAAAGAAUUCCGUCUGCCACGGCUGAACAUCCGGCGAGUAGUUAACACGAAUAUCUCGCGACACCCGUUAUAUACACUUAUUAGAAUUAACGACACAGAAGAGUAUUUAUGCAGUUAGAGCGAUACUAUAUAUUGUAAUAGCCACGUGGACGUAUAUCACGGUGAAACGUUUGGCAAGAGGGGUGGAAACUCGCGAGAAAUAUAUAAUAUUCGAAAUAAUUUGAUCGAUUUUCCAAAAUAAGAUAUGAUAAUUCCAUAAGAUUCCUCUCUCUGGAUGCUCUACUUAUUAUCGAUUUUAUUACCGGUGAAAUCGAAUGCGAAGAUAAUUUAUGGAGAAUUCAUUUCGAUCGAUAUAAUCGACAUAAUCGUACAGCCUCGUAAAUGAGGGUUUCAGGAGGAAGAUCGUAUUCCCGAUGAGGAUGGUAAUUCGAGAAGAAGAGAAUACAGUAAUAUAUAAUAUAUAAAUUAAGACGAAUGUAAACGAAGCUUUAUGAAGUAAGUUGAUAGAACUGAACGAAAGUUUUGUAGAUGGAAGGAAUAUUCUUCUUCGAGGUCCUUUAUCGAUAUUAUUCGAAUUUAUAGCAAUACUGCAAGAAUUUGUCUUUUCGAAACAGAUAGAAGGUCCAGAGAGAAACGGAGGAAAAUUACAUUGAAGAAAAAUCGAUCGAUUUGUUUUCAGCAAGUUUCUCCCUCUUCCCAAGCAAUUCCAACCGUGUCUUCAUACGAACAGAGAUAUCUCGCUUGUACGUUUCGUAUCACUUACGUUUAAGUUAGGCGACUUAGAGACUUAGGGUAGCGCACGAUCGCGCACGACAGACCGUCUGAAAAUCACGCGAGUUUCGAACACUUUCGAGGCUCGUAAAAGAAAAGAAAAACGCGAAAAACUAACAUCUAAAAAUUCAUCAAAAAAUACAGAAUAAAAGAGAAAAACAAGUUCCAACUCCCAUCGAGUGAUCGCCGUUCGAUAUAACAAAGAACCUUAAUUUAAGUCUCGAAAAAGAGAAAGAGUAAUUGAUAGGUUCGAUGAAACGAACGCGAUCGUGCUUCGUUGCAUUUUUACGAUGUGGCAAUUUUUUCCAAGAAAAAGGCGAAGGAAUUUAAAAGAGACGACGAUGGACUUGUUGAGAAGCUAAACUGGCUUGUUGAUCGCGUAUAGUUCAAUUUAUCCUAUUAUCCUAGUCGUUAGCGUAGAUCUUCGAAGGCGCAAGCAAAAGAAAGCUGGAAAACUUCAGCGAAGUAUUACGUCGGGCUACGGAGAAAGAUGGUUCAAGAAAAAGUAUGACAAAACAUUUGCUCGCGAUUGCCGAUUUCGCGUGAAUAUUUCCGCUCGAAUUUCAUUUCAGGCCACGAAUAUCGAACUUGACACGAUUCGAUUUCGUAUCGAAUUCGAUAUUUCAGCUUCUGGUUUGAUUCGAGUGGCGUAGAAUUUUACUUGCCUCGUACAGCACGCGAACUUUUAGUGUUAGUCGCGCCAAGGUGUAUGUAUAGAUAGGGUGAUUCGUUUUUGAACGAUGAACGAACUAGAAGAGAAAUUGAACAUAAUUGGACACGCUCUUAGGGAAUUUGAUUAGCAUCGUUAGCGAAAUUUUGUAAAUUACAAAUUAUUUGAUUAUCCUAAAUGACGUCAAAUUAUGAAACUGUAAAAGGAUAGAAUAUGAUCUAUAGCAAGCGAUCUAUCGUUAAAUUGUUGCGCAAGAGAGUCCAAGUGAUGGAAUAUUCAGUAAAAUAGAGAAACUAGAUCUUCAAUUUAAUAGGUUUUUUAAUGAGUUCAACCGAUAACGAAGAUAAAUUCGACGAGAUUUAAUUUAACGAAGUACGAAAAUACCCAAGAAAGUAAAUAUUCAACCCAGUUCUUCUAUUUAAAUUCCUUCCUUUAUUUAAGAAAUUUACAUUUCAGAUCUUUUACAUGCUACGUUUUUCUUACUAUUCUAAGAUUCUAAAACUUUUAAAAACUUCACUAUGAUUUCUAAUAAAAAUGUAAUUAAAUACUCGUCCAAAUUUUCUUCCAAUAGUUUAAUAAAUUAUCUCCAUGUUCAAUUGUACCGUGCGCUCGACUUUAUCUUGUGAGGUGCGCGGAAUCCAUUUGAAACGGACCACCCUGUAGAUAUAUAACUGUCAGCGUAUGCACUGUAAAAGCUAGCUGUGUUCGUUGCUUUUGAUUUCGAUACACUACAUCGAAUUGAGAUAUCGAGGCCACGUUCUAGUAAGGUAGUCAAUGAAAUAGUAAAAACUCGUGGGAACGUUUGAUCGUACGCUGCGCGAAUUGUUGCUCGUAAAUGACGAAUACCUAUUUAUAUAUGCAUACAUGUGUACGUGAAUGCGUAUAUUCCGACACUGUCGGUUAAGAAGUUUCACGUAAAUGGAUUGUAAUUUAUUGAACAUCGCAUCCGGUUUCCCAAGAUUAUUUUCUUCGCUUUGUUUGGCGGUGUUAUGGUAAUCGUUCUUCGUGACUGAUACAUUCUCAUAAUAAUCUGCCUAUUAUAGAGUUACCAAAAGCGAUAUUAUGUGCGCUAAAAUCGAGAAUCUCGAAGCUUGAAGAUAUAGAAAUAUGAGAACUUCCGAAUCUACAAGCCAGAAGAUUGAAAAUUUCAUUUCAGAAUCUCGCGACUCGAAAGUUUAAAAGAGGAGCGAAGAUUACAAAAUUUGAGAGAUUUGAAAAAUAAAAAGAUCCUAACGUCCUAAGAUUCUGAAGUCUGACAUUCUAGGAAUCUCAAGCUAGAAAUUUUUUAAUUGACGAAAUAGAAAAUAUCAACUACUCUACAUUUCUACCGAGUUUCUGUCAAUUCGUAGUUCGCGACUAAAUUGGAGACUCUCGAAUUUCGAGUAACAAUCGACGAUUCCAAACUUCUGACCAAUCAGUGUCGGUAUACGCGCUUAGGCUCAUAAUCGCAAUCGCUUUUCUUAUCGACACGGAUCGAAAUCAAAGGUAAUUCGCAAGGAUAACCGUUGCACCAAGCAUUCGUGAUCGUUCGUUCUGUUGGCACAUUGCAAAACGACGUCAUGCCACGAUGGCGAGGCAUCGAUUGUAAAAAAAAAAAAGAAAAAAGAAAAGAAAUAUAACAGAAGACAAGAACAAAAAGAGAUGGCGUAAUCGUUAUGAAAAAAGCGUGAACGUAUCUGUUGUCGACGAUCGAACGAAAGAGAGAAAGAGAGUGUGUGUGAGAGAAAGAAAGGAAGAAAGUAAAAAAGCACGAGAAUGAGAGAGAUUAGAGAAGCUUAAUGCUAAUUAUAAUAUAUUUGCAGAUUAAAUAGAUUCGGGAUACUAAUUAGUAUCCCGAAACGCCUUCGAAAUUCGGGGAGCAAUACAAUCGAGCCACUUUUACAGUCAACGACUCGAAUUAUUACUUAUUAUGAUUAUUCUCGCCAUUAUUACCGUCAUUAUGAAUUAUUGUCACGGUUAUUAUGAUUACUAAUAUUAUUACGACGAGAUUAUUCUAAUUCCUGUUAUCGCAUACACCGAUCAUUGUAGCGCGGCACUCUUAUCGAUGGUUACGAGGAGGAAACAUAAGAAAACAAACAAAAAUAAAACAAAAAAAGAAAAGAAAGGACGUAAGAAAUCCGAUUAUUAUAGAACGCGAACAAGCAGAUCGAGAUCUAUUAAAAUACAUUGAUUGCAAAAGUUGCAGUAUAA